GAGAAGUUUACAGAUGCAGCUGAAUUGAUGAUACAGAGAUGGAGGACAUCAGUACUCAGGCAGAAAACAAGCACUGUGGAACAUCAGAAGUCAGUACAGAUCAACAACUACAACAGGAAGUGUCAACUAAAACAAUGAAUCUAUUUCACAGACUUCAUCUUGAAGGCAGACAUCACAAACUGAGAGCUACAGAUGUUCUUCGGGUAACAUCUGCACAUUCAUUACAGUUCCAUGACUCUUUUGCUGAAGAGGAGCUGAUUCAGACGUUCAUACAAAAACUACUGAUGAUGAACUACAGAGCAAGAUACAUUAAAUCUAAUAAGACCAAUGAGGAAGGUCACACUGAACAAGGCGGUAAUGAUACAUUUAAGCAAGAGUUGGAUUGUGAUGACUUUUUUUUCAAUUUAAGGUCAGUGUCUAAUGAAGGAACAAGUAAAUCUGAGAGAAUCCACCCGAUGGAUGUUCAGAUGGCUUUGUUUCAUUGUGCUGAUGGUUUCCUGAAGCAGCUGAUGGUGACUAAACUGUCCCAGUGUCAGUACGCUCUGCCUCUGCUUGUUCCUGAUCCAUUCACACGACAGAUUGAGUUUCCUCUCUGGACAUUCAGACAAAUCAACAAGAGCUGGAAGAUCAGAAACACCAACAAUGAAACCAUCAGUCAAACCCAGCUGAUCUACAAGGCAGAAACUCCAAUGGUGUUUUUCUUCAGGUUUGGCUCUGUGUCUUCAUCCAAGUCUCAGCUGAUAAACAGUCUGAUCAAUGAGAAACAACACACAUUCUUCCACAGGAACUGCCCAGGCAGCAGCAGAACCAGAGUCCUGAUGGAUGGAAUGGUGGAGAUCGCCUGGUUCUGCCCCUCUGGAUCAUAUGAUGAUAAAUUAACUGACUGUGUUGCGUUCUGUAAUCUACACGGUGAUGCAGGAGACCAUGAGAAACAGCUGGAGAUCCUCACUGAAAUGAGCUCAGUUAAUGUUGUUCUUCUGCCACAACUUCUGAGGAGUGACAGGAGUGCAGCAACAAUCCAAAACCUGUACAGGAACAGAAAGCCACUCAUCUGCCUUUUUACCCCCCCCGAUGCCUUUCUUCCCGGAGAUGCAUGACGAGGUGACCAGGUCUUGUCGGACGGCCUAUAGAGUUCGUGCGAGACCCGGCCCCUCGUCCGCCUUGGUGGAGAGGCUAGGGGAUACACGCGGAUUCCCCCGGUUGAACGAUCCGUUGCGAUGCAGUUGUGUCCAACGGCCGCCGGCUGGCUCGGUGAGCCGCGUCUCCCAUCCCGGGCCUGUAAAUUCUUGUCAGGACUGACGGAGAAAGCUUACAGAGCCUGUGGACAGGCUGCCUCGGCCAUGGCCCUUUUGCAAGUCUAUCAAGCAAAAGCGUUAAUGGAAAUGCCCCAGGGAGGUCUUGACCAGCAGCUGCUUGGGGAGCUGCGUGCUGCCACGGACUAAGGUGACGGCACGUUCUGUUGGUCAAGCGAUGGCCACGCUUGUGGUCCAGCAGCGCCACUUAUGGCUGACCCUGGCUGAUAUGAGGGAUACUGACAAGUAUCGGUUUCUGGACUCCCCCGUAUCACAGGUUGGCCUUUUCGGCGACGCGGUAGCGAGCUUCGCACAGCAGUUCUCUGCCGCCCAGAAGCAGGCUGAGGCUAUCAAACAUGUCCUGCACCGGCGGUCUGCUGCUGCCUCCACCCCGCCGCCGGCCGCACAGCUUCAGCCCGCUCGUCGCCGAGGGUGCCCGCCUGCGUCGUCCUCCGCCCCUGCUAAGUCGGCGAAGCAGCAGCCAACACCCGCCAAACAGCAGGGAGCCGGUCGCUGACGCAGCGCCCAGCCCACUCAGGCCAAGCCAGGUGGCAAGAGGUCGAGGAAGAUGCGACCCUGAGACGGGCGACCUGGAGGGGAAGGUCUCUGCUCUUCGGGAGACGACUCCAUCAUCUCUCCCACCCCCAGAGGAGGGCCGGGGGGAAUUUGUGUAUCCGCCUGUCCCACCGCUGGCUCUCCGGAGUUCAGCGGUACCCACUUUAUCACAAAAAGAGCAGUUUCCCAAUCCUCUAGGUCACAAGAGGGCGCAGCUGUCAGUGUGCGAGGCCCCGCCUUGCCACUCAUAGCCCCCUCUCACUUCGCCAGCAGGUCCCAGUGUGAUGGUCGAGGCCGCCCCCCAGCCGUCUCCCAUUCACACUGUCACCUCGCAGAGUCUGACCCCACUUCGGGACGCUAUGCCGUCCGAGUCGGGUCCCAGCACUCUGCUUCGCCGCCCCACCCCCAGUGCAUCUGUGGUGCCUUUGGUCCCGCUGGCUCGGUGUCUGGAAGCCUGGAUCACCGAGGAGCCGAGGAGCGCGUCAAGUCAGUGUUGAACUGCCUGAGUACUCUCAAGCGCAGGACAGCGGCCCCACUGAAACUCUUUCAGAGGCUCCUGGGCCAUAUGGCAUCCGCAGCCGCAGUCACGCCGCUCGGAUUGCUUCAUAUGAGGCCGCUUCAACACUGGCUUUGCGGCCGGGUCCCGAGAUGGGCGUGGCAGCGCGGUACGUUCCGUGUCCCCGUGACACCGGACUGCCGUCGCACCCUCACCAAGUGGUCAGACCCUUUGUUCCUGCGGGCUGGAGUUCCCCUCGAACAAGUGUCCAGGCAUGCUGUGAUCCACACAGAUGCCUCUGCCAUGGGGUGGGGGGCCACGUACAACGGGCAUGCAGUGUCGGGUCUGUGGACGGGGCCUCAGCUGCAGUGGCAUAUCAAUUGCCUCCAGUUGCUAGCAGUACGUCUUGCACUGGGCCGCUUCCAGGAGCUGUUGAUAGACAAGCACGUACUGGUCCGCUCCGACAGCACUGUGGCCAUUGCGUACAUCAACCAUCAGGGUGGUCUACGCUCCCGCCGCAUGUCGCAAGUCGCCCGCCAUCUCUUGUUAUGGAGUCAGAAGCAUCUGAGGUCGCUUCGUGCCAUUCAUGUCCCAGGCGUGCUCAACCGUGCAGCUGACGAGCUCUCACGGCAGCCUCCACUUCCAGGCUAAUGGAGACUCCAUCCCCAGGUGGUCCAGCUGAUCUGGCAUGCUUCGGCGAGGCACAGAUAGAUCUGUUCGCCUCCCCGGAGACUGCCCACUGCCAGUGGUUCUAUUCCCUGACCGGCAGCACGCUCGGCACGGAUGCUCUGGCACUCAGCUGGCCCCGGGGCCUACGCAAGUAUGCGUUUCCCCCAGUGAGCCUUCUCGCACAGCUCCUGUGCAAAGUCAGGGAGGACAAGGAAUUCCUCUGAGGAAGGACCUCCUGACUCAGAGACAGGGCACCCUCUGGCACCCGCAUCCCGACCUGCGGAAACUCCAUGUGUGGUCCCUGGACGGGAUGCGAAGGUUCUGAGUGAUCUCCCGCAAGCGGUUGCAGACACUACCACUUCUACGAGGAACUUCUAUGAAGUGGAACCUGUUCGUCGAAUGGUGCUCUUCUCACCGAGAGGACCCCCGAUCAUGUUCGGUCAGAUCCGUGCUUUCCUUUCUGCAAGAGGGCCUGGAGCGAAGGCUGUCUCCCUCCACCCUCAAGGUGCAUGUUGCCGCUGUCACCGCACAUCACUAUGCAGUUGAUGGUAAAUCGCUAGGGAAACAUGAUCUGAUUGUCAGGUUCCUGAGGGGGGCAAGGAGACUGAAUCCUCCCCGGCCUCCCUCUGUACCCUCUUGGGAUCUGACCCUGGUUCUUACAUCUCUCCGGGGUCGUCCCUUCGAGCCUUUGCAAUCAGCUGAGUUAAAAGUACUGUCCCUUAAGACCGUCCUCCUGGCUGCAUUGGCCUUGCUCAAGAGGGUGGAACGCGAAGCUUCAGCACCUCAGAUCAGCUCUUUGUCUAUUACGGAGGCCAGCAAAAGGGAAAGGCAGUCUCCAAGCAGAGGAUGGCCCACUGGAUAGUGGAUGCCAUCGCCCUGGCGUAUGAAUCCCAGGGCGUGCCUUGCCCGCUCAGGUUGAGAGCCCACUCCACCAGAGGAGUGGCCUCUUCCUGGGCGCUGCCGCACGCCGCCUUGCUGACAGAUAUCUGUAGAGCUGCGGGCUGGGCAACACCUAACACGUUCGCUAGAUUCUAUAGCCUUCAUGUAGAACCGGUAUCUUCCCGUGUACUCGCUUCCACCAGCCGGUAGACGCGAAGAGCCCGUUCUAGUGUCGGCUUGCAAUGCCACUCCCGCCCCCUGGGCCGGAUACGUGCAUCCUUUUACUCCAGUCGAGUUCCCCGCUUGGUGAACCCUGUCGAGUUCUUCCGCCUCCCCCUUCGGCUCGGACAUUGCGGAGUGUCUGAUGCCAGGCCAAACCUCUGUCACUGACGCUGACAUUUGGCUGGGUGCCAUAUGCCGUGACCCCUCCACGUGAGUGGUCCCAUGUGUGUAUUUGUCUACGGUCAAC